AUGGCGCAACAUAACCUCAUAGAGGCUCUAAAAGACUUGGUGGAUACUAUUGCAACCUCAUAUGCUGAUCUGUUGGGAGAGCAGCUUACUGAUAAACAUCGUCAAAGGUGUUCACGAGUGUGCAACGAUACCAUUGAGUACUUCAAAACAAUAUUACUGGAUCCUGGGACAACAAUUCAAGUGAGACGAAGUGUUCAAGCACACAUCAACCAACUUAACUGGUUUGCCGAUCAGUUCUCCAGACUCGGUAACCAAGUAGUUGGUGGAGACCUCAACCAAGGAAACCUGGAGAAUGCUUUCGUUGGUAACAUCCAGACUGGAUGUGUUAUCAACCAGCGUCACAAAGAUCCAGCAUCAUUUCUCCAGGCCUCACGGGACAUCAUCAUCAUCAAGGUACAGAGUGUCUUGAGAGAUCUGGCAGGGCUGAAAGUGAAUGUGGAAUUCUUCUGUAAAUUCCGGAAACCACAAGAAGAUGUAGAAGAGCGAAAGUCUUUCAUCACCAAAAGCCGUGAGAUUCUCCCUGCCACAUCUCUUCAGGAUUGGUACACUGAGCAUGUGUACGAGAAGUUGAAGCAGCGAAUUGAAGAUUUUGAACAUGAGGGUUCCGGAUGGAGUCUGCUUGGACCGAACAGCUUGAUGGUGACUAUGUCAAGAUUCGCACCAACCCAAGUUGGGAACUCCACCUUCGUCAGAUUGCCCAAGGAUAUUGUCAAGAAGAAGCGUGCGGUUACGAACAUCCAGAACGAUGAUGAGUUCUGCUUCCUGUGA